UUCAUCUUCUUGCCGCAUCUGCUUAUGUCGCCGAAAGGUUUGUCGGAUUUACGAAAAAGCAGUGCUACCUCGUGCUGCGUACGGGAAUGCUAUGGCGCAUGCACCUAUGAGCCAUGCGCAGUACAGCCUUGCACUACCCCUGAUGCUACCCAUGACCCAGUCUACACAUAGAGGCUCGUUUAUGCUUAUCGAUGGUCGUCCGGUGAUCUUACGUGGACAUAUAAGAUGCCUGGCCCAAGGCAGGAUGAGGCCGCAUCACCACCUCACUCAAUCAGCCCUAUCAGUUCCAUCAUCGACAUCGAGAACGUUCUUCCCCACCACUAGGCAGCAUCUACACAUACGCAACAUUAUCGAGGGAUAGUUCAGACUACGCAACAAGACGCCUCAACGCCAGCUUGACCUUCCGCAAUCAGAACUCCCCGCAGCAAGGCCACGACGAGACCCACGCAAACAGGUUCACCGGAUACUCGAGUAGUGGAUACAAAUACCAUCUCGGAAAGCCAUCCUGA